AUGACACCUCGAAUCCCAAUCGCAGAUGACUUCCCCUCCAACGUGACCGUAGUAAUCUCCUACCCGGGCUCACACGACACCACGCCUCCCCCAACCAGCGCUCAAAAGCCGGGAGCAACACAGAGAGCACAAAACAUCCUGAUCCUCCUCCACGGCCUAGGCGACACAGCCACCAAAUUCGCCUCCUUCGGCCGCGCACUCAAUCUACCCGAGACAAUCUGCAUAACCGUGCAGGCACCCACGCCCUUACCGAGCAGUUUCAUCGACCUCCCCGGCGGCGGAUACCAUUGGGGCAAUGACGUCGUCUUCAACAACGACAACGACGCUCGCACCGAGGGCGCGUUAGCUAUGGACGCCGGCUUUGAUCGUGCGCGAUCUUUGCUUGUGAAAGAUGUCGUUACGGAUACCCUUGUCAAGAAACAUGGGUACAAAUUACGCGAUAUAAUGUUCCUGGGCUUUGGGCAGGGAGGUAUGGCCGCGCUGGAUGCGGCGAGGGAGUUGGGUCUGCAUCCACCUGUGGAAAGUGAGAUGCCUGUUGCCGCGAGGAUGGAGUCUUCGGCGGUGCCGUGGACGCCGUCGAGUGCAAGUGCGAGGGAAGGGAGAGGGAAAGUAGGCGACAGACAGUAUCAUGCUUCGCUGUCUGGUGUUGUCUCGUUCGGUGCCGCGUAUCCGUUAUCGGCGAGUACGGUGGCUGGUAGUGGGACGAAGGAUAAGACACCAGUGCUGUUACUUGCAGGGCGAGAUGAUGGGUCUUCGGCUGUGACGGAUACAGCACUAAAAAGGACGAGGGAUGUCUUUGAGUUUGUGGAGAUACAUCGUUGGAAUAGACGCGGGGAUGGUAUGCCGAAGAGUAGAGAGGAUAUGUUGCCUGUGAUGCAGUUUUUUGCUAGAAGAUUGAAGAGUAGGAAGGGCGUGCCGGACGGAGCUAUUGAAUUGACUUGA